AUGCCUUCCUCCUCCGCCUCCCAUUCCUUGUCCUCCGUCCAAACCAUUGAUCCCAAACCCGCUAGCGCCCAGGACACCACCGCCGACUCCAGCGACCGCGACGAUGACGGCGGCGGUGGUGGAAACGCGCGCUCAUGGCCCGCGACGGAGCGCGUCGCCUCGUACCUCCGGAGCCAGAAGUCGGUCCACGCCCUCUGCGAGAAGUUCGGCGUCAACACGAAGGCGUUCACCCCGAUCCCCGCCGGCGACCGACGCGCGUGCUCGCCUCCACCCGCAGGCUCCAUCUGCUUGUACGCGGACGCGCUGGAGGCCGGGAUGCGCGUCCCGCUCGACCCCUUCUUCUGCGAGGUGCUCUCGCACUUCGGCGUGGCCCCGAGCCAGCUGUCGCCCAACUGCUGGCGCAUCUUGGCGGCCUUCCUCGCGCUCUCCCGCGCCGCCGGCGUGCAGCUGCCGUCGGUCCCCGUGUUCCUGCACUUCUUCGCGCUGCGCGUGCUGAAGGUUAAGGGCCUGUACUGCUUCUCGCCGAAGGACGCGGCCGGCGUGCUCUUCACGGGGCUGCCGGAUAAAAUCAAGAGAUGGAAAGAGGGCUUUUUCUUCCUCAAGUCGUCGUCGCAGUGGCCGUGCCCCGUGCUCUGGGGCGAGCCGACCAAGAAAUCCACUGCUGAUCCGGUGCUCACCAAUGAGGAGAAGAGCGCGGUGGCGAAGCUGCUGAGUGUGCGUGGCGCCGCGCCAAUUGAUGUCCUGAUUUACCUCAGCGAGGGCGAUUUGGCCGCGGCAAGGAUGACCCCUCGUGCACCAAAACCACCUACACCAUCGCCUUCCUAUCGUGCUACUGGCGCCAAAGGGAUGGAUCCAUCAAGGUAUGCCAUGCUGCAGAACAUGCGGGCAGAGAAGGCCGCCGCCGAAGCGGCGGCAGCAGCGAAGGUCGCCGCGAUGAGUGAGCCCGGCUGCAGCGCUCCGCCGGGCUGGACGCCGUUGUCCGGGAAGAAGAGGCCGGCGGAGGACGACACAAAGGAGGCCACUGGUCACGGUUCGGCGUCUGUCGCGCCCGGCUUCUGUACGCGCCAAAAACGGAAGCUGGAGCACGCCCCGGACAGACAUGACGGCGACACGGUCGAGUGGGAGGCGGCGCGGCAGCUUCUGCAGGGCGUCAUCACGCCGGCGCGGGAGCGCGCGUUCUUGGUGGCGGAUCCCUUCACCGUCAUCGCGACAAGCUACGUCGCGACGCUCCAGGCGGCGAACUACGCGACGUUCUCGUUGGGGCACGCGCUGAAGCUCCAAGAGGAGCUGGAGAAGGCCAAGGCCGAGCUCGCCGAGGCGAAGAAGGCGACGGCGGCCGAGAUGAAGAGCGCCAAGGCGGCGGCGGUUCAGGAGUUCUUGGGCUCAGAGGAGCACGAGCGGCGGCUGGUGGAGGAGGCGCUCAAGGGGUACGAGCGGGGCAUGGAGGACAUGAAGCGCGUCGCGCUGCGGCUCCGCCCUGACGUCGACGCGGUUCAGCUGUUCGUGCUUCCCGGCGGGUUUCAGUAG